AUGAACACAGAAGAAAGUGUACACAUUCUCCCAGACGGCCUUGAGGUGUAUACCAAGACAUGGAAGACCAGCGAGCCCCCAGUUGCCGUUGUAGCCUUUAUCCAUGGCUUCAGUGACCACUGCAAUGCCUAUAACGAUCUGUUUCCAACACUGGCAUCGGCAGGUAUUGAAGUCAGGUCUUUUGAUCAGCGAGGAUGGGGCCGCAGCGUCAAGAGUACCAGCGACCGCGGCGAUACAGGCCCAACAUCUCAAGUCCUCUCAGACAUCCACUCCUUCCUACAAAGCCUACCCUCCCGUCCUGAUGUACCCCUAUUCCUAAUGGGUCACAGCAUGGGCGGCGGCCAAGUUCUCAACUACAUUUUCCACCCAGAGUCACCCUACAACGGAGACAAUUCCAACCGGCCCAAAUUCGCUGGUGUGCUUUUGUACUCCCCUCUAGUCGCUAUAGAUCCAUCCUCCCGCCCCUCAAAGCUGUUAAUCGCAGCGGGGCGACUUGUCGCAAAGCUGAUCCCCCAUAAGCAGCGGUUCUCCCCGCUUGAUCCAGAUUUGCUGUCUCGUAACAAGGAGACAGUCAAAGAGUGCGUAGCUGAUGAGCUGUGCCAUGACACGGCGACAUUUGGGGGGCUGGCAGGCAUGCUGGAUCGGGGUAUAUGGUUGGAGAAGAUGUUUACGGCUGGGAAUGGAGGUUGGGUGAAGACUGAGCUGCCAAUUUGGUUUGCGCAUGGGGAUGCAGAUCUCAUUACUAAUUAUUCUGCGACGAAAACCCUUGCUGAUGGGUUGACGAAGAAGGGUGGCGAUGUAAAGUUUUGUACUUAUGAGGGGGCUUAUCAUAAGUUGCAUGCUGAGUUGCCUGAGACGACGGAGAAGUUCUUUGCAGAUGUGAAGGCAUUUAUUUUGGGUAAAGUGCCCAAGACGGAAGAGGUGGUUGUUCAAGAUGAGGCAGAGGGUGUUCAGGACGAAGGUGGCAUAGCCACUACCGCUCAUGAGGAUGCGGAAACCGAGGGUAAAGCAAAGCUGUGA